AUGAGCUCACCCAGCCAACCAAAAACGCAGAAACAGAUCAACCUCCUCCGUGGCUGGCCACACGCAUCCCUCCUACCCACAGCCGCUAUCACCAACGCCGCCCAAACCGCACUCACCAACCCGUCCAUCUCCACGCCAGGACUCCUAUAUGGCCCGGACGCAGGAUACGAACCUCUACGAGAGGAAAUCGCUUCAUGGCUCUCCGGCUUCAACUCCGGGAGCGCUGCAGCCAGCACUCCCGUUUCCGGCCCGGCUGACCCCGAUAGGAUCUGCAUCACCGGAGGAGCAAGCCAGAAUCUUGCGUGUGUCCUUCAAGUAUACAGCGAUCCCGGGUAUACCAGAGUUUGGAUGGUAGCGCCAUGUUACUUUCUGGCCUGCAGAAUUUUCGCUGAUAGCGGGUUGAAAAUGGCGGCUGUGGGAGAGGGGAAGGAUGGUGUUGAUUUAGAGGGCUUGGAAAAGAAGUUGCAAGAAGCUGAGGGCAUAGAACGGAAGAAACUCAAAACCCCAAAACCAUGGUCAAAAACCUACCGCAACAUAAUCUACUGCGUGCCCACCUUCUCCAACCCCUCAGGGAAAACCAUGACUCUCCCCUGCCGCAAAUCCCUCGUUCAACUAGCCCGCAAAUACGACGCCUUGAUAAUAACAGACGACGUCUACGAUUUCCUACAAUGGCCUACCACAGCGACAUCCUCUAUUCCAGCCAGCAACAAAACCACAGCACUUCUGCCCCGUCUCGUGGACGUCGAUCGUACUCUUGAUCCAAUCCCCUCCCAGGACGGUUUUGGGAACACCGUUUCCAAUGGCUCGUUCUCAAAAAUCGCCGGGCCGGGAACACGCACUGGCUGGGCUGAGGCGAGUCCGAAAUUCACAUACGGGCUCUCGCAGUGCGGAUCCUCGCGCUCGGGAGGCGCCCCGAGUCAGCUUACUGCUACUAUUGUGUGUGAGUUGUUGCGGAGUGGGGAGUUGGGGAGACAUAUUGAGGGGGUUUUGGUGCCGGCUUAUCAGAGGCGGUAUGGGGCGUUGAUGGAUGCUAUUCAGCGAUGGCUCGUGCCGCUUGGAGUUACGGUGGGGGAAGUUAGUAGCGAGGGGGGUAUUUUUGGAGGGUUUUUUGUCUGGGUUGAGAUGCCGGCGGGUGUGGAUUCUGGGGUUGUGGCGAGGAGGGCGAAGGAGAGGGAGGGGUUGGUUGUGGCUCCUGGGAGUAUGUUUGAAGUUGAGGGAGAUGAUAGUGUUAAGUUUGAUAGAGGGGUUAGAUUGUGUUUUGCAUGGGUUGAGGAGGAGGAACUGGCUGAGGGCGUGGAGAGGUUGGGGAGGGUUGUGAGGGAGAUUACAGAGGAGGGUGUGACAGGAAGAGUUGACGAAGGGGAGUUGGGGGUGGAUUUGGGUGAGUUUAGAUGA